GGAGUCUGUAAUUAACUUUAAAUAUCGUUAAUUCUGCUAUUGAUGAGUGUCAUUAAGAAUUGAAAGUGAAAUGUCAAAUACGAAGGAAUUCUUUCUGUCCGUCACGCAACGUAUUUUUAGUAACUGGACUGCACUAAAAAUGGCAGUGGAACAUGGAAUGGGAUCGAAGGAAAGAGCGGUGGACUUCUGUCCUUACAUGGUCGAGGUUAUGUACAUGAAUGAGAAUUUGAACAGUAAUGAAAUUGCUAAUGAAUUGGAAGACUACAUGGACGAGCAUUUUAACACCGAACUUCAAGAUAACAGUGCCACGCAGGUUGCAGAAGAGAUGUUGAGAUUCUACAGCUACUGUAUCGAGAAUAAUGAGAGUAUAGCGGUGGCAGAGUUUGAAAAAUUACCACCGUUGCAGUCCUGGCUCAUCACCAGCGAACCCUUGGCAAGAAUUCAACAUUCCUCCGUUAUUGAAAGCGAUAGUUCUGACGGGGAGGAGGAAACAUCUCAGGCUACAGAGGUUGCGAAUGAGUGGACGGAGGUGAAAUCUAGGCGGAAAAGAUAAU